AAAAAACCAUCAACCAUUCAAAUAUCCAUAAUUUAUUCGAUAUAAUUAACAAUUAAUUUAAUUUUUUAUAUUCCUUAAAAAAAAAUUAAUUUUCUACUUAUUUCGCACGGAUCGCGUGCAUAUAAAAACUAGUUUGUAAUAACUAGCCUGAGGUGCAUGUGCACAUUGAAGAAAAAACAAUUUGUUUCAUUUGGCCCAACAAAAAAUUAUUGUUGGUUGAGUAAGAGUUGAGGUUAUAAGUUUUAACGGUCAGUCGAUUUCCCAUAGCCCAAAAGACAUAUUUGUCAUUAUUUCAUGUCACCAUCAAAUUUCUUCACUUAUAAUCCUUCAAAAAAAAAAAAAAAAAACUUGCAUUUUCCUUCACCUUUCUUCUUCUUCCUUGUAUUUCGCUCAUCUUCGAUCCAUCUUCAACCUCCAUACAAGGUUGUGAUAAAUUGGUGUAUGGAUUGUGAAUUUUGGCAUUUUUGGUGGUUUUAGGGUCUGAAUACGGGAUGGAACUGUUGAUUUUAAUUUCGGAAGCUUGGAAUUCGGGUUGUUUUCAUAAGCUGGAUUGUCAUUUUGUUUUCCCAAGUGGAAUCUUUGGUUCAUUGUAGGAACUCCUGUAAUUAGAACAUAUGGCUGUGAAAGGAGUCUUUCCAAUUAAAGAGGAUAGUAGUUUAGACGGCUUUGUCCACGUGCUAAAAUCAGCUGCGUGCGAGUGGUUGUUGCUGUUUCUCUUGCUACUCGAUGCAGCAUUUUCGUAUUUAUUGACAAAAUUUGCUCAAUAUUGUGAGCUACAAUUACCGUGUAUAUUGUGCUCGAGGCUUGAUCAUAUUUUGGGGAAAGAGAAGCCGGAUUUUUAUAGAAAUCUACUUUGUAGUAAUCAUAAAUUAGAGAUAUCAUCCUUGGGUUCUUGUCAUAACCAUGGUAGGCUUGCUGAUGUUCAUGCAAUGUGUGAAGAAUGUCUGUUGUCAUUUGCGAAGAAUGAGUCAAGUGAAGAAACAUACAAAAUCUUGGUUGGUAAGUUGGGAUCAGAUUGUCUUCAGAAACCAAUGCUAAAUUUGGACUCUGGUUCUUGUUCUUUGACUACAAAGUUGUGUUCAUGUUGUUCAAAGGCAUGGAGAUCUAGACCAAAUGUGCAUAAGUUUGUCCAGUCAAAACCAUCAAAUGCUGUUCCAAAACCGGAUAUUCCUCUACCAAAGUCACCUGGACAUAGAUGUGUAAACCGUCAAGACGGCUUGAAGAAGAAAAAUGAUCGGUUUUCAUUGUCCACUACAGAUUAUGAUUCGUUAUCUCAUGUGGGAUACACUGAGGUGAAGAUCAGUUCUGACUCUGAGUCAGAUUUCCCAUUUUCUGAUGAUGAUGACACAUUUGUUGUGCCUCGGAACCGAAAAAAGGAUGAAUACAUAUCUUUACAGGGUUCCAAGUUUAUUAGGAAGAGUCAGUAUGAUAACGUUUUCCCAGCAAUGCAAUUCCAGAAAUCAACUCCUGUCGCUAGCAAUCUUAUGUUUCCACAUCUCGAGCCUGAAAAAGGUGAAACGACCACUCCAAAAUUUCUUGUUUCUAAUGGUGAUUUAAGGCAGGGUCUUGGAGAGAUAAACUGGCAAAACAUCAUUAAUAAAGCAAGUCCUGCACCAUCUGAGUUUGUUACAUUGGAUGAUAUACCUCUUUCAUCUACUGCUUUGGAGGGUUCAUCAUCUGUAUCAGCAGAUAAGUGUGACAGAGUUCCUCUAUCAAAGAAGUUUGCUGCUUCUGAUUUUUCAGAUUUUAUUUCUCAUAGAACUGCUAUACCACCCAAAAUGCAACUGCCUGCUAGACUAUCAAAACAAAAGAAUAUUGAAACCAGGGAAAUUGGUGAUAAAAUACAUGCUUCUGCUAUGAAUAGUUGGGAAUCCAUUGAUUUGAAUAGUACCUCAACUGAUUAUUUAAGGAAAGAUGCUGCAGUUGUUCCCAAUAAUAGUUCCGCCAUUGGUGCAAGAAACGUUGCCUCGAGUACUGUCAAGGACAUUAAAGUUUCAAAUCUUUUCUCAGAACAACUUGGCAAAAGAGCUCGCAAUGGUAUUGGAUCAGCUGAGGAAUCUACUUCUUCAAAAAUAUUGGACUCUCAAAUAGAUUCAUCAUCAAGCAAUAUUAACUCUUCAGUGAAUGGUAACACGGAUGGGCCACAGAAGAUUGAGAGCCCUAGCUCGAUUGACUCUCUGGUACCUCCAAAAUCGCCGAGUAUGGAGAGGUCUCAGUCCUUUGAAUCUCUAGAAGAAAAUGUUAGUGAAAUUGAAGGUGAAAGUCUUGUCGACAAGUUGAGACGACAGGUUGAAUAUGAUAAGACACGGAUCAAAGAUUUGCACAAGGAGCUAGAAGAAGAGAGAAAUGCAGCUGCAAUUGCUGCGAAUCAAGCUAUGGCUAUGAUAACUAAGUUGCAAGAGGAAAAGGCUGCGCUUAACAUGGAGGCGCUUCAGUAUCUGAGGAUGAUGGAAGAGCAAGCAGAGUACGAUGUGGAUGCGCUGGAAAAGGCUAAUGACAUGAUUGCUGAAAAGGAGAAAGAAAUACAAGACUUGGAAGCAGAGCUUGACUUUUUUAGAAUAAAGUACCCAGAUGAUUUUCCGGAAAUGAACGAGGAAAUUUUGUUUGCAGAGGAUGCAGAAGGUUCCUACAUUGAAUCGUUUGAAACUGAAAAUUCAUAGAAUUGAAGAUUAGUAUGGUGCUGCACAUUUUUAAAUGUCCUAAAAUAUCUGGAAGCCUGCAGGAUCCGUGCUGGAAGCAAAAGAACUGAAAGAUUGAAGAAUCAACAGCUUGGUUGCCAGUCUCUUUGAGAUAGGAGAGGCCAUGCUACCUUUCAGGCUUCAGCAGUUGCUUAGUUUCUGAGUUGGAUUAUCACGAAGAAGGUUCUUGCUAAGGUAUCUGCUCAAUACUUGAUGAAAAAGCUAGGCUCUCGCAUCUAUUUUUGUCGGGGGUGUUUAUAUACUUUGCUUGUUUUUAUUGUAGCAGCGGUUGCAUCUCUUGUAGAUAUUCUCAGAACCGAAUGAUCAAAGCGUAUGUAAAUCGAUGUGCAUUUUUGUGAUAGUUUUUCAAUCGUUUCUUGAGGUUUAAUUCAAUCGGCCAACAUGUACUUGGUUGCAUCCGCCUAUGACCGAUGUGAUUUGGACAUUUGGUUUUCUUGUAAUUCUCAGUCUACGGUUACCACAUUUUCCAAAUUCGAUUAAUACUCGGUGUCUCAUUAUAUAUUGAUGCCCAUACAUUUGCAUUA